AUGGCCAAAAUAAUUCAAAUUAUCUUCGCCUGUGCUUGCGUGUUAGCCGUUUCAGCAAUUCCUUCUGGAAAAUCACGCAACGCUUACUCUUACCCCUUCAAUUUCGUGGGCCGGGAGUCGUGGGGAGCUAGACCCCCUAAUGGCGCGACCCCUCUAUCUCUGCCAGUACCCUACGUGGUGGUCCACCACAGCUACAUUCCUCCUGAUUGCGACACUGAGGACUCCUGCAAGCACAACAUGAGACUGAUGCAAGAUAUGCAUCAGAUCGUUAAUGGAUGGCAGGAUAUUGGAUACAAUUUCGCAGUGGGCGGUGAAGGCUCAGUUUACGAAGGUCGGGGCUGGGAAGCCGUUGGAGCUCAUGCUGUGUCUUACAACGUUAAGAGCAUCGGCAUUUGUAUGAUUGGAGACUUCGUAGAUAAACUUCCCCCACAAACUCAAUUGGAAUCACUGAAGAAACUAAUUGCGAGUGGAGUGGAGCUUGGCUACAUUAGUAGAGACUACAAGCUGAUUGGUCACCGACAGGUGUCCGCCACAGAAUGUCCAGGACAAGCCCUCUUCAACGAGAUAUCUACCUGGGACCAUUUCACACCAGCCCUAUAA